AUGCCUUCCAUCAAGAAGACCCUCGGGGCGGCCGUCGCGGGGCUUGCGGCUCUUUCAACGGCACUACCAGCCGUUCCCAAGUUGAGCAGGGCUCAGAUGAAGAUGUACGAGCACGCAAAGCGUCAAAACGCUGCGGCUGCCGCCCUGGGUCUCACCGAUAUCGACAUCCUGCAAUUUGCCCUCACGCUUGAGUGGCUCGAAGCGACCUUUUACCAGCAAGGAUUCGCACAGUUCCCCGCAACCGACUUCCAAGCGCUCGGUCUUCAACAGCGACAGAUCGAGGACCUCCUGAAGAUCGGAAAGACAGAAGAGGAACACGUCAUCCUCCUCCAAGGCGCCAUCGCCCAAGCCGGCGUCCAGCCCGUCCAGCCCUGCACCUACAACUUCGGCUUCACCGACGCCGCCGGCAUGGUCGCAACCGCCGCCGUGCUCGAAAAUGUCGGCGUCUCGGCCUACCUCGGCGCGGCAGCCCUCGUCUCGGACGGCUCCAUCCUCACCACCGCCGGCUCCAUCCUGACCGUCGAGGCCCGCCACCAGACCUUUGUCCGCACCGCCAGCGCCGCCGUCGCCGUGCCGCAGGCCUUCGACACGCCCCUCUCGCCGAAACAAGUCUUUUCUCUCGCCGCCCCCUUCAUCUCGAGCUGCCCCGAGGGCAGCAACCUGGUGCUGACGGCUUUCCCGACGCUGGCCAUGGCCACGGGGCAGAGCGCCCAGGCCGUUGCCGCGGGCACCACGGUGCAGCUGCAGAGCGAGGCCGCCGCCGGCGCCACCCACUGCGCCUUCACAACCGGCGGCGUCCCCGGCGGCACGCUCUUCACCACCUUUGACCCGGCCGCCGGCUGCGUCGUACCCCAGGGCAUCGCCGGCAUCACCUAUGUCAACCUGGCGAGCGCCGGCCCGCUGAAUGGCGUGCUGACCGAUGAUAUCAUCGUGGCUGGGCCCAUGGUGAUGCAGGUCUCGUAA